AUGCUGGUUUCCAACAAUUCAUAUGUUGCUCCCAAAUUUUUUAUUCUUAAUGGAAUUCCUGGUCUAGACAGAGUACAUGUAUGGAUCUCCCUCCCAUUAUGUAUAAUGUAUACCAUCUCUCUUUUGGGAAACCUUGGCCUUGUAUACCUAAUUCAUCAGGAGGAGUCCUUACAUCACCCAAUGUAUUUCUUUCUGGCCAUGCUGUCUGUCAUUGACCUCUUUACCUGCACCACCACUCUACCCAGUGCACUCUGCAUCUUCUGGUUCAAUCUCAAAGAUAUUAACUUCAGUGCUUACUUAGUCCAAAUGUUCUUUGUUCAUGGGUUCACAGAUGUGGAGUUUGGUGUGCUCAUGCUCAUGGCUCUGGACCACUAUGUGGCCAUUUGCUACCCAUCGUGAUAUGCUACCAUACUCACUAACCCUAUUAUUACCAAAGCUGGGCUUGCCACUUUCCUGAGGGGUGUGUUGCUGAUUAUUCCUUUCCUAUUCUUGGUCAAGCAUUUGCCCUUCUGCCAAAGAAAUAUUAUCUCCCAUACAUAUUGUGGCCACAUGUCAGUGGUGAAGUUGUCCUGUGCCAGCAUAAAGAUCAAUGUCAUCUAUGGUCUGACAGUUGCCCUCCUGAUUGGAGUGUUUGACAUCUGCUGUAUAUCUGUGUCUUACACUAUGUUCCUUCAGGCAGUGGUCAGUCUUUCACCAGCAGAUGCUUGGCAGAAGGCCUUUAGUACCUGCACUGUCCGUAAAUCUGCCACAAUCAUCACCUAUGUUCCAGCAUUCUUCACUUUCUUUACCCUCCAUUUUGGGGUACACACCAUUCCCCCUUCUCUUCACCUAAUUGUAGCUAAUCUUUAUCUUCUUCUUCUUCUCCCAACACUGAACCCCAUUGUUUAUGGGAUAAAGAUAAAACAUAUCAGAGACAGUGUCAUAAGACUCUUUCAGGGUGAGAAAGAUCCAAGUAUUCAGGACAAAUGA